UCUCUCAGACACAUCACUCCUCUCUCUCUCUCUUACACACACAAUGGAGAAAGCUCUAGCAACUCCUGACAACACUAGAUCUCUUACAGCCGCUGGUUUCGAGCGCAGAACCAAAAGGAGAUUGUCGCAGACUAAGGCAAGCGUGUGUGUGUCCGGUGAAGAAGAUGAAGACGAAGAAGAAGUAAAGGAGAAGAUUGAGGCGUUGCAGAAGAUUAUUCCCGGAGGAACUGCGCUUGGUGUGGACGCACUAUUCGAAGAGACAGCUGGUUACAUUAUGUCUUUACAAUGUCAGAUCAAAACCAUUAAAGUCCUUACUUCAUUUCUCCAAAGCUUAGAUAAACAAGAUAUGAAGUUCGGAGGCUGAUGAUGAUGACACCAAAUAUUGUUCUUUUUUUUGUUUUUAACUUUAUUUUCUACUCUUCUUUGUUUUCUUUUUUCCUUUUUUGAUAUGGCUUUUAGCUUUGAUAUAUGGGGAAAGAGAUCUCAGCAUUUUUUUUUCUUCCAAAACUUUCUCUUUAGCAAGACAUUAAAGUCAUGAUUUAUGUAAGCCAGAUCGUAGUUAUGAGAAGUGUUAAGUGCGGUAUAUUAUAUGGUAGUACUAUAUAUUAACGAAAAUUACUACUAUUAAUGUAAAGAGUGUAGCUAU